AUAUUAUAAAUUCUCCCUCUUUAAGUGGUAAUUCUAUUAUUGAUCCAGCAAAUUUAAUCUCGGCAUUUCCGAGAAGGAAAUAUAAAAACUGGAAUAAUGAAAAAAUAGAUAUAGCAAAAAAAUUAUUAUCUGUACCUGAGAAGGAGCAAAUGAAAAUGAAAGAUAUCGCUAAGUAUUUAGAUAUGUCUUUAUCGUCUAUUAAUAAAUUAAGACGCGAAACAUUUCCCGAAAUCAUCAGAGACCCUUUAAAAGAUUAUGUGAUUGGAAAGCGAGGCAGGAAAAAAAAAGACACAUUCAAUAUGGAAAGAAAAAUUAUGGAACUUUUAAUGGCGAACAAUACAUUAACUAUUAAAGGUAUUAUAGAAAAUUUACCUCCAGGAUUUCCUAGAAAUGAAGGAACUAUAAGGAAAUAUAUUAAAAAAAUAGGAUGGUCCAAAAAACGUGCAGGAAAGGAACCUGACAGGAGGAACACACCGGGCACAGUCAAUAUACGACAAAUUUAUUGUAUAAAAAUAUUGAAUAUUGCCAGAGAAAAAAUAUUUUUCUUAGACGAGACAGGCAUAAAUUUACAUGUUGUACCUGUUUACGCCUGGGCACCAUACAACGUUAAGCCAACUGUUAAAGUCUCACCAUCUAAGGGUAAAAAUUUAAGUAUAUUGUGUACUAUGGGAAUCGACGGUGUGAUACUUUAUCGCAUCAUCGAGGGAGCUUAUAAUAGCCUACUAUUUCGAGAAUAUAUGAUAGAACUAAUUAAUAUCAUACCAAGUAAUGCAGUUAUUGUUAUGGACAAUGCAUCGAUCCAUAAAAGUCACCUCAUUGAUAGUUUUAAAGAGCGAAUAGAAUAUUUGCCACCCUAUUCGCCGCAACUAAAUCCAAUAGAGAUUUUUUGGGGUAUUAAAAACAAAUAUAGGUCAAUCAAUCCCCGACCAAAUACAAGAAACGAAAUCGUUCAUAAUGUAACAUCAAUUCUGAAUGAAUUUACUAUUCCUUAUGACUUUUCAAGUUAUUAUAAUAAGAUGCAUCAAUAUUUGGAAAGUGGCUAUCGAGGACAACCAUUGGAUUAAGGAAUAAAGAAAAUCGGAAUACAUAAAGAAAAAACGAAAAUCAAAUGAUCCAAUUUUUUAUAUUUUAAUGCAUUUUUUAAAUCUGUUUUGUCAUAUAUUAUAUAUUUGAUCGUCAUUUAUUUUUUG